UAAAAGAAGAACGAAUACUAAAGCAGCGCCAGUUUUAUUAACUUUCUUUUGGGUAUCACGUGGAAAAGUAAAUUCCAUUUAGUGAAUCGUACUCAUCACCUUCGGAUCUAUCAAACAGACGUACCAAGACAGAAGAAGCAAAAAAGAAAUGCUUGUCAGCUCAUUAAUAUUAAUUGCUAUCUUUUCAACAAAUGGAUUAUCUUAUUCGCCACAAACCGACACAGCAUAUCAAAAUUCUGAACAACAGGGAGCCACAUUUCAAAUUCCGGAACAGCAAAUAAUAUUUCAACUUCCAGAGCAACAACGUGUGCUUCAACCUCCUGAACAAGAGGUAAUAUUUCAACCAGAACAACACGGUGUUUUAUUUCAAAAUUCUCAGCAAGGGGUGAUAUUUGAAAGUCCUAAACAAAACACCGAUGAUUUUGCUCCCGAUGGUUCGCAAAUCGCGGAACAGGAUAAUGACUUUACAGUUAGCUGUACUGGAUUGAAUAGAAUUUGUACUAGCAAAAAGGAUUGUGUAAACGGUUACGUUCAUCUUGGUAAAAGUGCCAUUUAUCCUUCGUCCAUCAAGGCACAGCAAUGCAGAAUUCAUGAUCAAGUUUGUUGCACGAUUGCAAAGGAACUUGAAGGGGAAUUGAAAACAUUUGAGAAAAAUGUAAAAAAUAAUUUCAAUAAUAUAAAUUAUCAAACUGGACAAACAAACACAAAUUAUAACCAGGUUGCUAAACUAAAUAAAGGGGAAGAUGAGCCAAAUAUUUUUGGAUUUUCUAUACAAAGCGGUCUUGCAAUCCCAACCCAUAUACAGAUUGGAUGUGCAGCAGCACUGCUAUGUGUUGAAGAGAAAUUUUGCACCAUAGACGGAAUGAUUAGUCCAGAGCCUGUUGUAUUGACAGAAAAGCAACUUCUUCGACGUGUGCCAAUGAGCAGUUGUAAAAAUCCUGAUAAUGGAAUAAUUGGCAAGUGUUGCCGGGAUCCAAACUACGUAGAUCCUUGGCCAACAGGGAAUCUCCCAGCAAAUUAUUCCGGUGGAUUUGACGAACAAGGAUUUCCAACGUUUAUGAAUAUUGUUAAAGUGAAAUUACCUGUAAAAACUACCAAAGUACCUGUAAAAACUCCUGUAAAUGAAGAGAUCACCAAGGAAAUUGAACCGGUGUUGAUAGGAGGAAAUUCUGAUAUUUCUUCGAAAAAAAUAUAUUUGGUGCCUCCAACAACAGGCGGAGAUGAAAAAGGUGCUUCUAAUGCUCCAGAACUGAAAUUAAAAUGUGGUAUUAGAAACAAAGUAUUGCAACAAUCUGAAGUAGAAGACACUAAAACAAUUUUUGCCGAAAUUCCGUGGCAAGCGAUGGUCUUGCAUUUAAAGGAAAGAAAAAUUCUCUGUUCUGGUGUUCUACUUGGACCUGAAAAUGUAUUAACAGCGGCUAAUUGCGUCGAUAACCUGUCACCGAUGGACAUUUCGGUAAAAUUAGGGGAAUGGAAAUUAGGAUACGAAUUGAGACACGAAGAACCAUUAACUUUCCAAAUCAUCAAUGUAUCAUCCAUCAGUUUACAUCCUAAUUACAAGGGAAAAUCUGGAGACUAUGAUCUUGCAAUGUUACAUCUUGAGAAUCCUAUUACUUUCGAUCUUCAUAUAAAUCCUUUAUGUUUGCCUAAGUCAAAGCAUUUACUUCAAAAGAAUAAACUGUGCAUUACCACUGGUUGGGGGAAAUCCAUUCUUCAAGCGCAUUACGCUGGUGCAAUCAUGCACGCUAUUAGCAUGGACAUACUAUCAACGGAACGUUGCAAGGAAUUACUACUAAACACGAAUUUUGGAGUUGACAUUGCAGAUAGAAUUCUAUGUGCUACACCUAAAGAAGAGAAAAAUAAUAUUUGCGACACGGAUAUUGGUGGACCUCUUGCUUGUCAAAAUGAAGACGGUUCUUAUGAAUUAGCUGGAAUUUAUAGUCAGGAUACAGGAUGCUAUCCAUCAAAUCAAGUUGCUAUGUUCGCUCCAUUAGAUUUAGGAUGGCUGAAGAAUAUUAUGUCCAACAUUACACUUGAGGAAAGUCACAACGUAAAUAAUAAACCAUAUAUAUCUUCAAAUGAUUAUAGAAAGAGUACUUUGGACACAGAUAAUCAAUAUCUACCUCCAAAUUAAAAAUUUAUUGAAUAUCUUUGUCUUUAAUAUUUAAUAUAUGUUUUUGUAUUAUAUAAUAAUUAUUAAAAAAACUAUAAUGAAAUA